AUGGCUAUGAUGUGGAGCAUGGCAAAAUCUGUGCGUCACGAUGUUGGAGGGGAUGACCAUGGAUGGAACACCAAUAUUAACAUGACAAAAUGGUCAUCGGACAAACACUUUCAUUUGAAUGAAUGGCUAUUCUUUGGAUAUGAUAGGCAUUUCUUCAGUGUGUUGGAGGUGAACAAGACAAGCUAUGAAAACUGCAUAGAUAGUGGAUUCAUCAAGAACAUAACAACAGGUGUCGGAAGAGAAGUUUUUCAGUUGAGUGAGGCCAAGACCCAUUACUUCAUAAGCGGAGGAGGUUUCUGUCAGCGCGGAGUGAAGGUCGCAAUCGAUGUUAAUGAACAUGUUGCACCAGCUCCUCAGCCUACUCCCCACAAAAGUUCAGCGACUUCAAACAUUCAAAUCUACCACUCACUUGCUGUGCUCAUCUUAAUCUUCAUGUGCACCAACUUCUUGGUAUAA